AUGGCGGGACGGGGCUCGGCCAUAUCUCCCCUGCCUCGGGGGCCCUCCCCCAUGGCGCAGAGCAGCCGCAGGGGGCCCCUGCUCCGUAGCAGCAGCGGCGUGAGCAGCAGCAGCUGCAGCGGCAGGGGUUCGCCCCCCUCAGGGGGCCCCCCAGAAGGAACGAAGUUGGUAGAGGGGGGGCCCCGAAGGGGCCUCACGAGAGGCUCUAGAGCUGGGGGGACCCACGUGAGGCCCCUUGCUGCAGCUCAAUCCUGCAGCAGCAGCAGCAACAACACCAGCAGCAGCAAAAGCAGCAGCAACGACAGCAGGAGUCUCGGAAUCAGCAACGACAGCGACAACAGCAGCCUCGGGGCGCUCAACGGCGCUGCAGUUGCUCCUGCUGGAACUGCAAGUUCACCUAAGGAGACUCAGCAGCAGCAGCGGAAGGCUCGUGGGCAGACGCUGCUUUCUCCUGCUGCAGGAAGCAGCAGAGGUACAGCGCGAAGCAGAGGUACUCGCAGCUGCAUCUCACCUCAGAGCAGCAGCAGCAGCUGCAGCAGCAGCUCAGCCGAGAUGGAGGUAGACCAUAAGGCUUCACCACCUUGGGGGGCCCCUGCUGCUGCUGCUGUACCUUCUGCUGCAAGCUCAAGGAAGAUAAAGCAGCAAAGAGGGGCGAAUGGGGCCCCGAUGCCCUCUCCAGGGGGCCCCUCAGCAGCAAACAGAAGCACAAGUAGCCGCCGAAGGAAACCUCCCCAAAGCAGCAGCAGCAGGGCGCCCAGCGCUGCAGCAGAGCAGCAGCAGCAGCAGCAGCAGCAGCAGGGCGGCAGCAAAAUCCGUGCGUGCACGCCUUUGCGCCAAGGUGCCUCUAAAGCAGAUGACAGCCCCCAAAGCAGCAGCAGCAGCCACGAACCGAGCAGCAGCAGCAGCAGCAGCAGCAGCAGCGACUCCGAGUAUGAUGACGAUUCAAAGGGGGCCUCCAGCCGCAAGGGGGCCCCCCGUAAGAAGGGUUUAAGUCCGCUGCUGCAGCGGUCUGUCUCAGACAAGCUCUCUCUGUUGCAGCAGCAGCCUUUGUCGCUGCCAGCAGCAGCAGGCAGCGGUAGCAGCAGCAGCAGCAGCAGUGCAGCAGCAGCAGCACUUGUCAGUGGGGGCCUUAUUGCUGGCCUCAAUGUCUCUUCUUCGCCAAUCAGAGAGGCCUCGGGACUUAUACGCAGAACGCCGUCGCUGCUGCAGCUAGCAGAGGCGUCUCCGAUAAGCAAACACCAGCACCAGCAGCAGCAACCGCCGCAGCAACAGCAACAGCAGCAUCAGCAGCAGCAGGAGCAGGGGUGCGAAGACCAGGAGCCCGCAGCUGCUGCUGCUGCUACUGCAGCAGCUGAUGCUUGUGAUGUAGAUUUGCUGCCGGAGGUGGAAUCCGCACCUAAGGAGGGGAAGGGCCCCCUUGAGGGCACAGAGGGAGUCGUGGCGCUGCUGCGGCUUGCUGCAGCUGCAGCAGCAACGACAGAAACCCAAACAGCAGCAGCACCAGCAGAAGUAGCAGCAGCGGGAGAGGGUUGCUGCGCAAUCAGGGCUGGAGAGACGAUUUGCUUGGGGGGGCCAAACUGGAGGGGCCCUUUUCCCCUGCAUUGCUCGCAGUGUGGGGACCCCCGUGAAGCUUCUUUAACAGCACAAGAGGCCGAGGGGGGCCCUGGGGGCCCCCCCCGUCUGCUGCUGACGUAUGCAGGGGACAGCUGCGGCCGUCUUCUUCAGCACGGGGACCGCAUCAGCCUCUCCAAAUCGACGGAGUUACCCCCGCACGAGUGCGGCCUUCAACUGGAAGUCCUGUUUAUGGAGAAGCAGCAGAAGCAGCAACAGCAGCAGCAAGAAGUGCAGCAGGAAGAAGUGCAGAAGCAACAGCAGCAGCAACAGCAACAGCAGCAGCAGCAACAGGACACCCACAGCGGUGGAGCUGUGGUAUCGCUGUUGCGUUCCUUUAUGAAGCCGUUCGUUAGAGCUGCAGGCGGAGACCAGCAGCAACAACAACAGCAGCAACAACAAAAACAGCAGCAAGAAGAAGAGCUGCAGCGUCGCAUAGAGGAGCAUCAGCAGCAACAACAAGAAGACCACCAGCAGCAGCAGCAAGAUCAGGAGCAGCAGCAGGUAGAGGACAAUGACACAGAAAUUUGGUUUGAUGCGCAGACAUCGCAGCGCAGCAGUCCUUUCGUUUCUUCUACAGAGCUUCGGCAGCCCCAACCCAGCAACAACAACAAUAAUGGCAGCAGCAACAGCAACAGCAGCAGCAGCAGCAGCAGCAGCAUGGAGACAGAAACAGCAGAAGCAACGUCUCCAGCAGCAGAAGGGAAGCUGGUUUUGUUGCAGCUCGUUGAAGUGCGAGAGAUCCAAGGGCCGCAAAAAACACAAGACCUUGUCAACCCCGGAAGCCCGCUGCUGAGACCUGUCGUUGACCUUCGGGGAGGAGAGGGCCCCCGCAGCCAGCUGUCGCUGGUGGGUCGGGGCCUCAGCGGCUCUCCUUCCAAGCCUCUGUCUCUUCGAGGGUCUCAGGCGCAUUUGUCUCCUUUAAGGACUUCACAAGCUGCUGCAGGACAGCUGCUGCUCUCUGCCAGCCAGGAGGCAUUCAAGGGCCCUUCACAGUCGCAGCAAGGCAGGGGCCCCGCGGACGGUUCGCCGUUGCGGCUGCAGAGUUGGGGACCCCUGGAGGGGAGAAGGGGGGGCCCCAAGAGUCCCUUGAGGCCUCAUGCUGGGGGCCCUGAGUUUGAACUAGAAGUUGCUGCUGAGGCGGUGGUUUCUUGGGACGCAGACAUAGAGGAGGUCAGGCGCCUCAUUCAGCAAGUCUUAGAGCGCCGAUAUGGAGCAGAACACAGUGUGCAGUUUGAUUUGGUUGCCACUCCGUCUAUAGCAGCGAAAGAGGGGGGGAAUGGGGGGACCCUGGGGGCUGUUGGGGCCCCCCCAGCGGGGCCGCUGAAGGCCCGGUGGGUGUUUGAGUUGCCUGCAGUAGAGGGCCCCUCCGUACCAUUUGCUGAGGACUGCGUAAGGCUGGGGGCCCAGGGGGCCCCCCUGCAGGAGGAUGAGGGCUCAUGCCUGCUGAAGAGUGCACUAGCUGCGUACUUCAGGGUCCGGGGGGCCCCCCCGAGGGUCACCCAGGAUCCUGCUGCUGCUGCUCCGCCGUCUGAUGCUGCAACAGCACUUCCAACCCCAGCAACAGCAGCAGCAACAGCAGCAGCAGCAGCAGAAGUUGAUCCACAUUUGUCUGAGGCUCUCGAGACCCUCAGAAGACCCAGCGAGACAUUCGAUGGGUUUGAUGAUGAGGAGUCGCCGAUCGACAACGAAAUGCAAGACCCCAACUUUCCACUAGCAGAGGAAGGGCCCCACGAGGCCCUCCCACGGGCCCCACAGGCGCACCCCGUAGGUACUCCUCAGGGGCCCCCAGUAGAUACACCUCAGGGGCCCACACCUGUUUCAGAGGCACCUCAUACUCAUCAGACGGGGGCUUCCAAGGGGGCCCCUCCAACAGAAACACCACAGGAGGGCCCCACAGAGAUACCUCAUGGGGCCCCCUUGGAGCCAUCACACUUUGAAGCAGAAGACAGAUCGUCGAUGGCUGCGGCCGGGGGCCCACCAGUGACAAACACCACAAAAGCAGCAGCACAAGAGAUUGAGCUGUCUUCAGAUGCUGCAGCCUUAGAACUAAAGGGGGCCCCCACGGAGGAGGGACCCUGA